GUCAUUGUUAAGGCAGUAGUACCAGUAAAUAACCAAUAGGUGUCAGUAAUCCGCGGGAGAGCUUCGCUGCAUAUUUCUCUUCAAGAUUGAGAAUCGCAACGAAAUCCUCGUCGAGCAACAGGUCCACUGAGCAACCAUGUCUGUGUCCUUAAAGGAACUCUGUCAGGUACAGAGUGGAACGAUGAACUUGAAAAUCAACCAUUCUGAUGACUGGCGUCCCCAUCCGAGUCACCACCUCAUGCCUGGUUCACACGGCAGGAUAAUUAGGCCGAUUUUAGCCCCGAUUUACCCCUUCCGACAAUCUUAAGGAUGCUCCGAUAAUCGUCAAAUAAACUGAUCAGAUAUUCUUGCCGUGUGUGGUGUGUUUAUACUGCUCUCGUCUACUCGGAAGGACCUCGGGACCGCUCCGAUCUCAAAUCGGGGAUAUCCAACAUGUUGGAUUUUUUUGGCCCGAUUUCUUCUCGUGUGUGGUGUCUCCCAGGGACAAACGAGCACGCAGCAUGUGGACUGUGACGUGUAGCCAAUCAGAAAGCGAGGUGACGAGGCAGCGAGGAAGUACCGGGAAACGAAAUCAAAACAUACGGCGGCAUGGCGCACCAGAAAGUCCGGUGGAUGUCGGAGAUGGAGGACCAACUCGUCGACCUGUGGCAACACUGUGAAUGUUUGUACAACGUUUCGUGUAAAGAAUAUCACAACAGAAACGACAAGGAGCGGAAUUGGGCAGAAAUUGCUGCUGCACUUGAGAUACCAGUGGAAGAAGUGAAGACGCGGGCCACAACUUUAAGAACCCAGUUCAGCAAGCUUCUGAAAAGUAAACCAAGUGGCGCUUCUGAAAAGCCACUAACAAGCAAACAACGAUGGCUUAUGAAGACACUGAUGUUUCUGAGGAAGCAUGUGACCCAACGUGCCACUGAAAGCAGUCUGCCUCAAUCAAUUAAAGAUGGCCUGUCUGCAGAGAGGGACCCCUUGAGUGAUCCAGAUGACGACGUCUCUCUGAUGUCAGAUGAAACAUCUGCUGCUGAGGAACCAUCUAUUAUCCAGAAUGAUGACGACCUUUCCCCUCCUGUACCUCCUAUACCUACUGCGAAGAGACUAAAGAAAAGCCAAUCUGCUGAGGCUAUUAAAAUUGAAAAAUUUAAAAUUUUACAGCAGAUGUCAACUGCUUUUAAGGCUGGUAAAAGCAAACCUAUUGCUGAUAGUGACAGUAACUUUGGAGCCCAAGUAGCUGAGGAGUUGAGGUCAAUUAAAAACCCUGUGGUAAAGACAAGACUAAAGAGAAAAAUAAUGAAUGAUUUAUAUGAGGCUCAGGAGAAUGAGGUACAGGCAUCAUACCAGCUGCCACCUAGUAUUUACCCCGUACCCUCCUCUGUACAUAUUCCCAACACACACCCAACCCCUCUACACACAUAUACAACUCCACAAGAACCACCUCACCACAUGCCUCUACCCAUAGGUACACAACUGCUACAGAACCCGUACCAGCUUCAAAAUAAUGAGACGCAUAGCUACAGGAGAAUGCUAGAAGACAAUGAGUAAAUACAGAUUUAAGGGUAGAUUGUCAUUCAUGGUUUUCAAGGUUUACUACAACUACCUGUUGUUUUGUGGUUAAAAAGAAAAACAAUGCAUUUAUGUGUUUUGAAAUGCAUCUUCAGUUGUACUUGUGUACAUCCUUUAUUGAUGUUUUUGUUUUUUAUUUAUAUUUCGGCCUAUUUGUUUUAUCAAGGCCUUAAGGUGUAUUAUACUACAGUUGUGGAAGUCAAACACACCACUAUUGUUUCAAAUGCAAAUGUUUUAUUGGAUUGCUUAUAUCCUGAAGUUAAUAAUAAACAGUUUUUUUUUUAAUUUUGACCUCUACCCAG